CAAACUUGGUAAUAUCUUUAGAAAUACAUCAUAGCUCAAGGUUAGGACAUAAAACGGGCGUGCCGGCUGCCCCGAAACGAUGCUGGCAGUGUCCUCAAGCUCGUACUUGCUUCUUUCGUCUCAUAUAUAACUCCAUCAAUCUGCACGUCACCGACUCCCAUUCACAUUGCGGCAGGAGUCUUUCUUCAUUGCAAUGUAUGGGGUACUGCCGUUCUCUUAUCAGGCGCCGCCGCCGGAGCCGAUUCCAUUUCGGCCAGUCUAUGUCGAUGUCUUAAACUACGUACCAGUCCGCCGUUUUCACCAUUGCUUGGAUUCUUCUAUGCGAAGGUCAUGUACAGCACUAAGACCUUCUCUUAGCGUAUUUCCUCACUUUCUUAAACCCACAAAACUCUUUCAAGGUUAUUCCUCUCCUUGUAAUGGAACUAGAAUCAAACCUGCUCUCGUUCAUUCUCCUUUGCUGGCUGGUGACGGCCAUGGGUGUGAUGGAAAUAACAAUGGUGGCUGGAAUAAUUCGAAUCCUUUUGGGGGUUUUGGAUGGUGGCAGUAUGACGGUGAUUCUCCCCCAUGGUCGGACAAUGCCUUCCUUGCUUUCUUUUUUUCCUCUGUUCUGGGUUGUUUCUGCCUCUUUCAAUUGGCAGUAGCGCUAGCACGUAACAAUAUGAACACCGAGUCUAUUUGGGAAGUAAAAGGAGGUAAGCGAAUCCGCCUCAUUCUCGAUACGUAUAGAGAUGAGUUCCAUGUUGCAACUGGCAUGCCGUCGUCUUCGUUAUCCUUUUCCUUUGUCAACGUUUGGCUUCGUUGCAGCGAUAUAUUCACGCGUUUGAUGCUUCCGGAGGGUUUUCCAGACAGUGUCACCAGCGACUAUCUGGAAUAUUCCCUUUGGCGAGGAGUCCAGGGGAUUGCCAGCCAAGUUAGUGGGGUGCUUGCAACUCAGGCACUGCUUUAUGCUGUUGGAUUGGGGAAAGGAGCUAUUCCGACUGCUGCUGCAGUGAAUUGGGUACUGAAAGAUGGAUUUGGAUAUCUAAGUAAAAUUUUUCUCUCAAAAUAUGGACGGCACUUUGAUGUUCAUCCGAAGGGGUGGAGGUUGUUCGCUGAUCUUCUGGAAAACGCUGCCUAUGGGAUGGAAAUGUUAACUCCCGCAUUUCCCCUCCAUUUUGUCGUGAUCGGUGCUGCUGCUGGGGCCGGACGAUCUGCAGCUGCCUUGAUUCAGGCUGCUACUAGGAGUUGUUUUUAUGCUGGCUUUGCUGCUCAAAGGAAUUUUGCCGAGGUGAUUGCUAAAGGUGAAGCACAAGGAAUGGUGAGCAAGUCUAUCGGUAUGAUGCUUGGCAUUACAUUGGCCAAUCGUAUAAGGUCCUCAACAUCACUUGCUCUUGGGUGCUUUAGCAUAGUGACCUUAAUCCACAUGUUCUGCAAUCUAAAAUCAUACAAAUCCAUUCAACUAAGGACAUUAAAUCCUUAUCGUGCAAGUUUGGUCUUCAGUGAAUAUCUGUUGAGUGGUGAGGUGCCUUCGAUUAAGGAUGUGAACAAUGAAGAACCUCUUUUUCCGGCUGUACCACUUCUUAAUAGAAAGCUUGCAUGUGAUGAGCCAAAGUUGAGCUUACUAUCUGCCGAAGCGAAGGAAUCAGCAGCAAAUAUUGAAAAGCGACUGCAAUUGGGUUCAAAGCUCAGUGAUGUGGCCACUUGUGAGGAGGAUGUUCUUGAACUCUUAAGUCUGUUCAAUAAAGAAAAUUAUAUUCUAUCAGAGCACAGGGGAAAAUAUUGUGUAAUGCUUAAAGAAAGUGCUUCGCCUGUAGACAUGCUGAAGGCAGUAUUUCAUGUCAAUUAUUUGCAUUGGUUAGAGAGAAACGCUGGAAUAACAGCAAGAAGUGCUUCUAAUGACUGCAGACCAGGAGGAAGGCUACAAAUGUCUUUGGAGUAUGUGGAGAGGGAAUUCAAGCAUGUCAAAUAUGAUGGGGAAUUGGCUGGUUGGUCGACUGAUGGCCUAAUUGCAAGGCCCUUAACUACUAGGAUUUGUGAAUGUCAUGUAACUUAGGACGAGUUACUAUACUACAAAUUAAAGUACAAAGCUAGCCAGGACAUUUCUAACAACACUGGAUUUUUUAGAGAUGGGUAUGAAAUUCAUCAUUUUAAAAAAUUGGAACAAUGAAAAUAUUUCAGUAGCAGUAGUAAGCUAAAAGAUUAUUAGUUAUUGAUCUGUUA